CCUCGCACUCUUCACACCAGCAGCUCACCCACUGACCGACUGAUGGUCUGGAAGGCUCCGGAUGUUUCUGUGAAGAUCCAUCCCGGGCAUAAAGGCGGAGGUUAACGGACUUCUGUCCACAAGCAUCUGGAAAGCUUCACUUUGCGAGUUUUCAAGGUUGGAGUUGGACUCUGACGACACAACCACAACGUUUGAGAGAUCCAAAGACGUUUUAAGUCUUUGAGGAAUUCACUUUCUUCAAGCACUGAGCUUACUUCUCAUUUUGGAAAUAGUUUGAAAGCAGCGCAACCCAAAGAGGCACGCUUAGAGAGGAAUUGCCACAACCCAUCCUGCAAGAUAUUAUUGGAGUUUUCCAACAGCAGAGUGGAUUUCUAAAGCAGAGAGAAACAUCAAUUCCUGACAAACGUCCCUUCUGGUAUCUUGUCACCAUGAGUAGCGGGGGGACCACCACAGUUGCAUCACAGGAGCCGCAGGCUUUCAAACGGGCCGUACGGAAGAUAAAAUGCGCCGCUAUGGUGGCCAACUUGGCCAAGAGUUGGCAGGGCUGGGCCAAUGAACACACCAACAAGCAGGACUGCAUCCCGAGUGGCUGGAUGCCUUCCUCGAUUGAAGAGGGAGACAAAAAAGAGCAGCAACAUGUGGUCAAACUUACCGUCACCCCGCGAGUAAUCGCAGCCGAUGCCGGCGACAACAGCGGCAGCAAGAUCCGGGCCUGUUCCGUGACCAAGACCGUGCAGCCAAAACGCAGCGAGUGCAGCAGCAUCGAUUUGGUCAACGCCAUCCGCGGCAAGAUGGAGUCCGGCCCCGAGGAGAGCAAGCCUUUCCUGGGCAACGAGUCGCCGACGCGGCGUCGGCAGAUGAGGGCGCUGCAGAGCGCAGGGGGAGGAGGAGGAGGAGGAGGGGGAGUCAUCCAAGACAGGAAGCUGAUGCUCCAGGAGAAGAAGCCGGGGUCAAGGAGCAGCAGCGUUGACACUGAGGACAGCGGGCUGGGAGAGGACGCCGGGCUCAGCGACAACAGCGAGCCGAAAACCGAGCAGGACGACAUCCAGCCCAAGAAACACACCAACAGGCCCAAGAUUAAGAUUGCCACGUCGGGCGACAUCAAAAACCGCUGGCAGCAGUGGUCCAUGCAGCACAUAGAGGGCCAGAAGCUCAACCCCUUCAGCGAGGAGUUCGACUAUGACUACGCGAUGGCCCAGCGCCUCCGCAAGGGCGACUCCGGCUACGGUCGACCCAAAGAGGGCUCCAAGACGGCACAGAGGGGCGACAGGGCCCAGAAACACAUCCACAGGGAGAUGGAGGAGAUGGUGUGGAUCAUCAGAGACAUGGGGAUGAAGGAUAAAGAGGGGAGGACCGUCAUCAGCUUCGGCCGACUCUUUGACCGCUACGUGAAGAUAUCAGAUAAGGUGGUGGGCAUCCUGCUGCGCUGCCGCAAGCACAAGAUGCUGGACUUCGAAGGCGAGAUGCUGUGGAAAGGACAGGACGAUCACGUCGUCAUUACACUGAGGGACCGAGCAGAGUGACGGCGUCUUACGAACAUUCAGCGGCGUCAUCCGUGCUAGUCCACAAACACGCAGCUUCAGGGAUACACACAGGAAAUGUUUUCCAAGAAUGCGAACAAAAUCUCCCAAAACUGGUCACAUUUAAAGUCUAAUAUGUAUAAAUUAUGAAAAGACAUGUGGGUGUACAUGUGGAGGCUACACACACACACACACACACAGCAGACUCAUUACUUCUUCUCAUAUACCUGACAGGUCAUCCGGUGAAGGGAAGCUAUCUUUAGCAUGCUAACCAUGCUCGCCUUGCUAACUAUGCUAAAUACUGGAAGGCUUGAGAGUCCACCACAAUGCCAGCCGUGCUAGAAAGCUUUGCUCACACAGAAUUAGGAUUCACAGAAAGGCUUGACAGAGUCUCAGGCUGAGAUGAUUUUGUUGAACACAUGAGUGUGGCACGACGUCACAGGACAAAAACACAAGAACAGCACACCAGCGUGACCAGCUUUUUUUAUUUCCUCUUGACCGAUCUCUGUUCGUCUUCAUGUAAAUUUGAUAUAAAUAAAAUAAAUGAUGAGUGGAGGCUCAGUUACCAUUCGAUCUGUGACAUUAAUGCUAUUUUAUGUGCUUUUUGUAUGCGAUUUAAAUGUACGUUUGCCCAAAAAUAAAAGUAAAAUUCACCUUUUCCUCAAAUAUUGUUCAAUAGGAAAGUGCAUGUGUAUGUGGAGGUGACAACACAACUCAAGCAGACUGAGCAGGUUUAUGCUGCUCGCUUUGGACUCACACAGACGUUUGUUUCCUCCGAAACCAAAAGUCCGAACCAUGAACUGUGUCUGGACCACAUGAAUUAUCUGUGAAGUGAUGCCUUUUUGCUCUUUUUAAGAUUUGAAAUGUUAAUAUUUUGCAGUGGUGUAAAAGUAACAUUUACUCAAGUACUGUACUCAUAUAUGAUUUAGGCAUUGAGUAUUUAUUUAUGCUGCUUUAGACUUUGACGCCAGUACAUUUCAAAGGGAAAUAUUAUACUUAACUACAUUUAUCUGACAGGUAGUUAUGAGUACUUUGAUUUUAAAUGCAUCGCCACACAGGUGUUGGCAGUUAUGUGGCUGUUUCAGGUUGGAGCUGUGCGCAGCUUUGCUGGGAUUCACAUGAGCUCCACUAACCCGGAUCAAGCUGCAACUCAUCCCACAACAAAACUAAACUGAACUGAAAUGGGCCUUUCUGCAUAAUGAGCGCUUCUACUUUUCAUCAUUUAUGUACACUUUGUUGGUUACACUUAAGUACUUUAACUCAAUUUUGAAUGCAGGUCUUUUAUUUUGUAGUAUUGCUAUUUGAAUCAGAGUACUUCCUCUGCUUAGAGAAGUCGAAUUUUGUUUAAAAUGUGUUGCAGAAAUGUGCAGGGUGGUACAUCACACACAGAUUGAGAUUAUUGUAAAUACACGUGUCAUUAAAAACCCAGUUAGCAUUGAGUCUGUGACAUUUAGGCAUUUUUGCUGUGGUCAGAGUGUUAACAUAGGCUACAUGGAAAUCAAUAAAAGCUGAAA